AUUGCUCCUGCUCUAUUCUGAAAUUGUUCAAUUUGUGUGUCUUGACACUCAGGAACAAUUACGAAUAUCAAUGGAGAAGCGGUUACAGUCCACAAUAGCUCAACUGGGAAAUGAGAAGGAGACAGAAGCACAGGAAUUUCAGGACAAAAUAGCUGCCAUAGAGCAGCAGCUGGAUGCAGCAUGUCAACAACAUGAGGAAGCAUUGCUGCGUGCUGAGAACGACAAACAACAAGCAUUACUUCUUGCUCAACAAGAUCAGCAAGCUGUUGCAGAAAAAUUAGAAAGUACUCGAAGGGUUUUGGAGGAAGAAAGGCUUGCGAUGGAGAGAUUGAAGAGAGAAUCAGUCACCAAACAAGAACAGGACAGAGGCACUAUGAAUACGCUACGUGACCAAAUAAAUCGACUCAAUGUUAAGUUAGAGGAAUUAAGGGUCAAAAGUGAGGACACGAAGGAUAAGCUGGAAAUUGAAGUGCAAGAAGUUCGGAAGGAAAGAGAUAUGCAAAUUCAAGAGUGCGAGGAAUUGAAAGUGCAAUUGCACCUAGCAGAAGAUCGUCUUGAGAAUAUUCAUCAACAGUUACAUGACACUGUUCGAAAACUCAAAGAUGUGGAAAACUCAACAGAAGCUGUCCGGAAAGAGUUGAGUGAUGUAAGAAGGCAACUCAGCGAUGCUAACAUUGAAAAAGACAAGUAUUGUAGUUCAAACAAAGACUUAAGAGAGUUUGUCAAACGCUGUGAAAGUGAAAAAAGAGAGCAAGCAAGAAAUUUAGACGAAGCCUUACAGAAGUUAUCAUUAUUAGAGGACACACGAACUCAGCUGGAGUGUGAGCGAGUGAGACUUCAGACGCAAAAUGGAGAGAUGGAGAGGCAGCUGCUACAAGCAACUUCUAACGUUCAGUCUCUUCAAGAGCAAGUAACAAAACUCAGCGGUUCCACUCAGCAACAGCAAGCUGAACAUCGAGAGCUCCAGGCUCGCCUUAAUUCAGAAGUUGAGGAGCGAGAGCGUUUGCAACAAGAUAAUCAUCAGCUGAAAAAACAAUUGGUGGAGUCUGAAAAUAGUGCUGAUGCCAUUCGUGAGGAAAUUUUGCGGCUACGUGAAAGAAAUGAUGCUGACAUUGAUAGGAUGAAAACAAGGGAGCAAGAACUGCUGCUUCGACUUGAGGAUAGUAGAACGAAAGAAAGGAAGUUAGAGGAUCAAAAACAUAAUUUGGAAGUAUGUUUGGCAGAUGCAACUCAACAGAUUCAAGAAUUAAAGGCACGUUUAGGUGGGGCUGAAGGUCGAGUUAGAGCUUUGGAAGCUCAAUUGAUACAAGUGGAAAAUGCUAAGAAAGAAACGGAGCAGAAACUGUGUAGUAUCGGUUCAACCCUGAGACGAAUUGCAGGAAUUCAAAUUGAUGGCUCUGUCCAUCAGCAGGCAAAACCUACCAGGCGUUGGAGCCCAGUCAGAGGUAAAUUCCCUUCUCUUGUUUUUCUCAAAAAAAUGGAUGAUUUGAAGACUCAACUGGAGGGUCAGCGGCGACAGAUCCUUGAUUUGACAGAAAGUAAUACAAAAACAGAAGCCAAGAUGAGUGCCACUCUGGAAAAUGUUCGUCAAUUACAAGAUGAGAAGGCAAACAUUGAGACCAAGUUGAAUCAAAAACAAGCAUCACUAAACAUUCAGGCUGAAGCUCUUCAAAAGAAAGAAGUAGAGUUAGAAUCAGCACUUGAAAGAGUGAAUGCUCUGGAGAUGUCUCUUCAAAGUGGAUUUGAAGAAAAAGGACAACUCGAGGAUCGGUUAGACAGAGCCCGUGGAUCAGUGCUUCGUCUAGAAAAUGAGAAGAAACAAUUGCAAGAAGACUUUAGCCGCACUGAAGCAAGAGCCUCGAAGCUAGAACUGCAGCGCGUAGCUUUGGAAGGAGAUCUGCAGAGGAUGCAUAUUGCACUUCAGGAAAGAGAUAGCACUAUUUCGAAACUGAACGAACGAUGUGAGUCCCAAAGUCGUACGAUUGCAUGUUUAGAAGAACGUUGUGCAUCACUAAAGAGUACUGUUGAACAACUAACAAUCACGUUAGAAUCUGCUGCACUCUCUGAGUCAGAGUUACGCCACGAAGUUUCCUCACUUCAACGCACUCUGACAGACACAUCUGCUACCUCUCAAGCAUCAACUGAAAAGUUCAAACAGCUUCAGAAAGCGCUGAUGAACAGCGAAAAUGAGAGGCGUGUACUCAGUGAAAGGCUGGAAGCAAUGCAGCAAUCAGUAACAGAACAGCGACGUAACAAUGAGUUGCAAUCAGAUCAGCUUGUCAGGUUAAAGUCUGAGAUAAAUAAUCUAGAGCUGCAGAGACAUAGUCUUGAAGCACAGCUGCGACUCAGUAAUUGGCCAGCAGAGGCUUCAACACAACAGUCAAGUGACAGGCAUUCUGCCGAACGAGCAGAAUUGAAACUCAAAGUUGAUUCAUUGCAAGAUAAGGUGAGAGACUUAGAAAGUGAAAAACGAAAUCUUGAAAGGAAACUUCAAGGCAUAAGUUAUGAACGAAUAGAUGCAGACAGCUCAUACACUGUGGACAAUGAACUGCGCGAAAUGAAGGCCAAAUGUUGCCGUCUAGAAACUCAACUUGCAGACAAGGAAGUGGAACUAGCAAGACUAAGGGCAGAACAUGCUAACUGUAAACUUGGGGGUGAAAGGAGUGGUGAUAUAGAAAGGUAUCGAUCAGCUCACCUUCAAGCGGAGAGAUUGUUGGAUGCUCGAGAGCAAUCUCAUCGUCAGCAAGUUCUUCGCCUUGAGAAUCAGGUCCAGCUCUUGCGUGAGCAGCUAAGUCAAGAGGUGAAAAGAAGGCAAAUGUACAUCCUACGGAGCUCUCGCGCUGGCCGAGAAAUGCAACAGCUACGUCAAGCCCUCGGAGACUCUCUACGAACAGUCUCUCAAGAUCCUUCCUUGGAUGCCUUACUUCUUGAACAUGAAACUCGGAAGUUGGAUUCAACGGUGCGAUCAGUAACUCCAGGGCCUUUAGCUUUGCCUCCUCCUCGAUCUUAUUCUCCCUCUCUACAGAAGUAAGACUAAUCUAUCAGUUAGUUCGUUACAUUUAUUUGUUGAAAGCUUGCAACUGUAGAGUAUUAGUACUGAUGGAGUGUCAAUAGUAAAAAUUGAAGAGAAUAUGUGAAUGUGUCCAGCUAAAUUCAAAAGGAUUGAUUUCUACUGUAAAAAUUAGCUUUUAAUCAUUGACUGAGAAUUGUCUAGCAAGUCUUUUUCAAAUGAAGCUCAGUCAUGGGCAUGAAUUUAUUGCUCACUAAAUCGCCGGGAUUUUGAUCAGCAAUUUUUGAACUGAUUUUCUUAUCUUUUGAAUAUUCAGGAUUUUGCCUGUUGAUUUUUUUGACUCUCAAUGAACUUCUUCCCCGAUUCAGAGAUUAUGCUCUCCUUUCAGCCAUUCAUCUGCGGCUUUGAUUUUUUGGAAAAACUUUAAGUGUCCAGUAAAGCUUGAAUAGAGAUAUUGGCUAUUUUCUUAAAUAAGGAUCCAACACAAUUUACAAAGAAAUUUAAAUGGUUUUAAGGGCUCAGUGUCGAGUAUUUAGUGACCUUUCUCAGAUUGGUAGUAGGUACUGUUUUUAUGAUGAGCAUUAUGAAUUAGGUAGUUUUAACGAACCCUCAUCUCCGUAGUCACUGUUAUUGACAUAAAGACUCAAGCCAAAAUUUCUCUAUCAAUAUUUUUGCUGUUGAAGAGAAUUUCUAGUAAAGAUUUCUUGUUAGUUUUUUAAUUUUUCAGUUGAUUUCUUUCUCUUUUUUUCUCCUUUCUUAAAUUUGUAUAUUUAUACUUACUGUGCAUAAUUAAUCCAUCACAACAUAUAAUGGAAACUCUUUUUAUGUUUGUUUUGAUUUUACUUUCCCAUCUGUGCCAUCUGUAUGGUAAAUUAUGCCCUGUGGGAACCAGAAUACAUUUUAAAUGCGAAUUUUAAGCCGUGAUUUUUAUUUAUCUCAAACUUUCUCUCAAGCUUUUUUCUAGUCAUUCCUUCAGGUUUCAUCUAAGUAUUUUUCCUAUUGUUAUUUUUCUAGCUCAGCUUCUUGUUCUCUUUUUUUCUUCGUUCAUUCUUGUGCAAUUACCCGCAUUUAUAUUGCUAUUUUACUUCAAUCUUAGAUCAUUGCAGUAAGCCUAGUCAACUCCUUCAUAUUUACUCCAAGUAAUAUUUGAUCAGUCUGAAAAUUGAUACGGAUGAUGAACUUCAUACUUUGCGUUAUUUACUCAUUUAUUUUUAACUUUUAUUAUUAUAUAUAUUUCAUUUUAUACUAUGUUGAUUGAGAUGUGUUAUAUUGUAGUUGUCAUCGUUUUUCGUUCAUUCUGUUCAUUUAUGUAAUAUCGUUAGUCAUUUGUCUCCUUUAUUUUCUCUCAUCAUUUUUUCAACCAUGAAAAUCAGUUAAUACUUGUAUUCCUCUAACGUUGACUCAAGAGUUUUUAUAAAUAACUAGCUGCCCCCCCCCCCCCCGUGCACACGGGCAACACUCACGUUCGCAAAUACUACACCCAGUUCAUAUGUAAAGUUUUUAUUAAUAUCAAUGAAAAUUGUUCAAUGAAAAUCGACUGAAAGAAUUUUCAUGCUACUUUAUUUUAUUUAUGCUACAGAAUUUUAAAAGGUUUUAAUUUCCUCAACAAUAGAAGUUGCCGUCAAUUCUAAUGAUUUUGUCCCGUUGUAAUUUAUAACUCUUGCAUUAAGAAUUUUAUACCAUUUUUCUCCCUGUAGUUCCGGUAUAUUCGAAUUGUCUGCAGUAAUAUACAUCUGAAAGAGUAAAGAAGUCAUUAAUUAUUAUGUUACAAGACGCUAAAAAACCUGUUAAUAUGGCUAUGAUAAAAGGGUUAAUACGUAAUUAAUAUGUCAAUAAGACGAUAGAUUUUUUACUUUUCAAGGCGUCUUAAUGUAUCGAAAAAGAAAGUGUUAAUUCGCAGUAUUAGUUUAUUGAUGCAUAUGUUUCAGAUCGAAUUCCAAUUAUUUAAUUUUACUUGAGAAAGAAAUUGACUUAGUUCAGUAGGUAUCUUAAUGAUUUGUAAUAUUAUCUUAUAUACUUUUCAAUUAUUGCUGCAGUGUUUUGCAGAAAGUGGCAUUCUGUCUAAAAGAAACUUUCUUAGAGGUCCCGUGCAACAGCGCUGCCAUUUGAUUUUAUCAAGGGAUUCCGAUUUCCGGAAACAUAUUCUGAUUUGCCAAAGUUCCGAGAAAAAUUCCGAUUCCUUAAAAAAUUCUGGCAAAAAAUUCCGAAAUACGCCCGGCCUUAGUUCCUAAGAUCGCCUAAUUAGAUCGAAAAGUCCCUAAAUUUGAUCAAGUGAAUGGUCGAGCUGGCGAAAAUCCGCCAAUUCCUAGGAAAUUCCGAAAAUAGCUGAAAAUUUUGGGGAUUCGGAAGAUUUCGGGAUUUCCAAUUUUUUGAAAAGUUCCGAAUUUCGGAAUUACUUCCGGGAAAUGGCAGCACUGCCAUGCAAUGACAAAGCGCAAAAAAGCAAGAACCACCCUCAGCGCUCGGUGGGUGAUCGUGUCCGUAGCGGCGCUUAGUUCAUAACUCCCACUAGAUCAGACAUAUUGUUAAAAAAAUGCUGAUUCCUAUGGUAAUUUGAUCUGUUCUUUCCAAAUUUUGUGUCAAAAAAGCCGGCAAAAAUGUCUAAAUGUAGGUUUUGAACGUCGAGAGCCGAAGAAAUUGCUCCAUAAAAAAGAGGAUCUUGUGCCUCUUAUAAAAUGGAGGAAAAACACAAUCAUCGAACAGAAAAAUGUUAUCUUAUCAUCUAUCCAUGUAAUUCUAUUAAAAGGAAAAUAUUUCCGCCUCUGCAAAUCCCAACAAUAUUGAUUUUUAGCAGCAGGGCAUGAGAUCAAAGUUCCCUGAAAAAUAAGCCUUAAAAAAUAAAUUUUUCAGAAUAUUGUAGACUGGCAAAGUGUCAUUGCCGUUCGUUGCGCGGUUCUCUUUGGUACUUUUAGAAAGCAUAUAUCCUAGAGAUACCAUAUACCAAAGUACAAACGGUACAAACCGGUACAACCAUAUUUUUCGGAUGCUUCUUUGAGGUGACCUCCAAUUUCCGUGAAAAUCGGAUGUAUGAGUUUUAAGGAACCACAGUACACAGUAAAGCGGCCAA